GUCGUCUUCCGGUGGACGAGCACCAGGUCCUGGGGCUGACAGCACGAGUGGUUUGGGAACGACAUCAAAUGGUCUUCACCCCACGCCUCUCGUAGGGUAUAACACCUACAUUCCGGUUUACGAUUUAGUCCUUGACCACGACACAAAUUCUCUCGGGCAUGUCCAGUGGUUCAAUUUCGCUUGUCGCGGCUUCAAGCGGGCCCAGACGAUCCGGUUCCGGAUCAUCAACGCAUGCAAGGGGGCUAGUCUCUUCCAGAUGGGGAUGCGACCGCUAGUGUGGAGCGAAACGCACGCAAUGAAGAUGUUCGCGGCGGGGGAUAAUAGAGGAUCUUCGAAUUCAUCGGGUAGUAGUAGUGGUUCUUGUACUGGCGCGAAGCAGGAA